AUGGGUCAGACCCUUUCCGAGCCCGUCGUCGAAAAGCACUCGGGCAGCGGACAAGAUGACCGCAUCUUCUACGGAAUCUCAUGCAUGCAGGGAUGGCGCAUCAGCAUGGAGGACGCCCAUGCGACUAUUCUCGACCUGCAACCCCUUGAAGGUGACGACCUGAAGCCUGCCGCAUCCGACGUUCGCAUCAGCUUUUUCGGUGUCUAUGACGGUCAUGGUGGAGACAAGGUCGCGCUCUACACUGGCGAAAAUCUGCACAAGAUCAUCGCAAAGCAGGAAGCCUUCAAGAACAAGGACUUUGAACAAUCUCUCAAAGACGGUUUCCUUGCCAUUGACAGAGCCAUCCUCAGCGACCCAAGAUAUGAGGAGGAAGUCUCUGGAUGUACUGCCACUGUUGGCAUUGUAACUCACGACAAGAUCUUCGUUGGCAAUGCUGGUGAUUCCAGAACUGUUCUUGGUGUUAAGGGUAGAGCAAAGCCUCUUUCUUUCGACCACAAGCCUCAGAACGAGGGCGAGAAGGCAAGAAUUUGCGCCGCCGGCGGCUUCGUCGACUUUGGUCGUGUCAACGGCAACCUCGCCCUUUCCCGUGCCAUCGGCGAUUUCGAGUUCAAGAAGAGCGCCGACCUGCCUCCUGAGCAGCAAAUCGUUACCGCUUAUCCCGAUGUGACUGUCCACGACCUUUCUGACGACGACGAGUUCAUUGUGCUUGCUUGUGACGGCAUCUGGGACUGCCAGUCUUCGCAAGCCGUUAUCGAGUUCGUCCGCCGUGGUAUUGCAGCUAAACAGGAGCUGUCUGCCAUCUGUGAAAACAUGAUGGAUAACUGCCUGGCCUCGAACAGUGAGACAGGUGGUGUUGGCUGCGACAACAUGACCAUUGCUGUUGUUGCUCUACUCAACGGCAAGAGCAAGGAAGAGUGGUACCAAAUGAUUGCGGACAGAGUCGCAAACGGUGACGGACCCUGCGCACCCCCAGAGUACGCUGAAUUCAAGGGACCUGGUGUGCACCACCGCUUUGACAACGACAGCCCGGACGAAUACGACAUGGACAUGGAGCAACGCUCGCGCAUGCUUAGCGGGCACCCCGGUCGCGUCAUCUUGCUUGGUGAUGGCACGGAGAUCAUGACAGACGCUGGAGACAACGACACAGAUAUGUUUGACCAGAGCGACGAUGAAGAGAAAGAUCUCGCUAGCCAGGUCAGUAAGGGACAGGACGAGGGCAAGAACGGAUCACAAGAACAGGGCACUGGAAAGACAUCAACGCCCGCAGAGCCCAACAUGGGUGGUGUUCAAGAUUCAGCAUGA